AUGGUACUUAUGGCAAUUGCAGAUGGCAAUUACAACUUUAUUUACGCAAAUUAUGGAGCUAAGGGUCGGUCGUCCGACAGUGGAAUAUUUCAAGAAACACCGUUUUAUAAUGCAUUGUUAGAAAACUCACUUAAACUGCCACGGCCUGAACCAAUAACACAAGGCGGAACAGAAAUGCCGUAUGUAAUUGUAGGUGACAGUGCUUUCGCGCUAACGGAGAACAUCAUGAAACCAUAUCCUGGCAUUCAUGAACGUGGGAACAAAAAGCGUAUAUUCAAUUACAGACUAUCAAGAGCUAGGAGGAUUAUAGAAAAUGUUUUUGGCAUUUUAUGUGUGGUGUUCCGUGUAUUCACUAAACCUAUUCCGUUAAAACCAGCCAAUUGUGAACUCGUGGUAAUUGCUUGUGUAUAUUUACAUAACUUCUUAAGACGUAACUCAGUUUCCAGAUCCAUAUAUACACCUCCACAAACUUUUGAUUUUGAAGACUCUGAAGAUAGUACGCAUAAAAUAGGAAAUUGUAAGAAAUUUGCUAAGGGUAACCUUAAAACACGUCGUGAGUUUGUUCAAAGUUCCGCCUUAUGCUUCAACUGUUUAGGUGCUAAUCAUUCGGUUGAGGCGUGUCGUUUGCCCACCAGGUGUAAGAUUUGCAAACGAAAACACCAUUCACUUUUGCAUUACAACGCUAGUGUAUCAACAGAUAAUGUAUCAGCUAACAACCAAUCACCAGAAGAUAUCAAUGUUGUUGCAACGGCAACAACAUCGAGACCAGAAGAGACCAACAUUGAAAAUAUUACCACUUGUUUUACUAAUACCAGAAAACAAGUUCUAUUGGCAACAGCCCUCGUAAGGGCCAACAAUAAUUCUGGAUCAAGUAUGACACUGCGAGCCUUAUUAGAUCAGGGCUCACAGGCUUCAUUUAUUACGGAGUCUGCAGUCGACGGUAGUACCGCUAAUAAAGGGCGAACUUCGGUGAUACCCACGCAACCCCAUGACGUCACAUUGUGUUCCUUAUCUAAUUGUAAUGCUUCCCGCACACCUACUACGGUGUUACUCGCUACCGCACGCGUUGUUGUUUUCGAUACGCAAGGUAGGGAACACAACGUGCGCGCUUUAUUGGACAGUGCCUCGCAAAGUAAUUUCGCCAGUCGCAGCUUAUGCCAGCGGUUGGGUUUAGAGACAAACCAGAAACCCUCAUGUUCAGUGGUUAAAGGGAUUGGAGGCACUACUAAGCCAAUUCUAAGUUCGGUUUCGGUGAAAUUCUUCUCCCGUUUUGAUCUCAGUGUGUGUUUUAGCAUGGACUCCCUCGUAGUCGACAAGGUCACGGAGCGCUUGCCCACUGUGUCUGUGGAUAUUUCGUCGUUGAUCAAUUUUAAUAAUUUACCUUUAGCUGACGAUACCUACGCUGCCCCUGGAGAUAUUGAUUUGUUGAUUGGAGCAUCAAUCUUUCCUCACCUUCUCUUAUCUCGUAAAGUUCAAGGUCAGUCUGAUUGUCUCUCACCGGUCGCUUUAGAGACCGUGUUAGGUUAUGUUAUUGUCGGCUCUGCUCCUGCUCUAGUUGAUAAUCACGCGUCUGUCUCAUAUUGUUGUGCUACAGACCCGCUUGACGCUGCUGUACGUAAAUUCUGGCAGAUAGAAGAAGUAAGCGCCCCGCAACUAUUGAGUCCAGAUGAUAAGGCGUGUGAAGAUAUCUAUAGCAGCACGACUACCCGUGAUACGGAUGGUCGAUACAUGGUCGCGCUUCCAUUUAAAGGGGAUGUAUUUUCAUUAGGUGAUUCGUUUAAGAAAUCUAAAAAUUGCUUUCUUUGUUUAGAACGUAAAAUGCAGGCAUCACCUAAAUUAAAGGAGGCGUAUGAUAACGUGAUUAGUGAAUAUUUAAAUAAGGGUUAUAUUUCUCCCGCUCCUCUAGACACUGAAGAAACUCGGAAUUUACCCUCAUAUACAAUACCUCACCAUGGUAUAAUAAGAGAAGAUAAACUUACUUCUAAAUUACGCAUCGUCCUGGACGGUAGUUCAAAGUCCAGUUCCCAAAUCUCGCUUAAUGACAUUUUAUAUAAUGGGCAAAAUCUGCAAGGAAACUUAUUUCAUAUUAUUGUUAAUUUUCGCUUAUUUCGUAUCGCUCUCUCCGCUGACAUUCGUCAAAUGUUUCUUUGCAUUGGAGUUCGGCCAUGUGACCGAAGGUUCCAACGCAUUCUGUAUCGCUUUUCGCCGCAAGAACCCUUGAAGGUUUAUGAAUUUAACCGCGUUUGUUUCGGACUGAAGUCUAGCCCGUUUCACGCUCUUCGUACCAUAAAGCAACUAGUUUUGGAUGAAGGUUCUUCUUAUCCGCGAGCACAGCAAACAGUCAAGACUGGUUUGUAUAUGGACGAUUUUGUCUACAGCAUUGACAACGAAGAUGAGGCUAUUUCCACCGCUGCGGAAGUAAUCGCUUUGAUGAAAGCCGGACAAUUUGAUCUUGUUAAAUGGACAAGCAAUUCACAAAGAGUCUUGGAUUCUAUUACGCCGUCGCAUCGUCUCUCUGCUGUAAAGGAGUUUGAUGACUCUGAUUCGCAUAAGGUACUAGGACUAUGCUGGUCACCCGCAACAGAUAAUUUUAGUCUUAAAAUCUGUACAACCGCUGAAUCAUGUACAAAGCGUACUAUUCUGUCGUGUGUCGCUAGGAUAUGGGACGUCAUGGGAUUUGUUGCACCCGUGGUCUUAUACGCAAAACUUCUCAUAAAACAACUUUGGUUGUGUGAAUGUGAUUGGGAUGAUAUACCACCCGACCACAUCAUUCAACAGUGGUCCCGUUUUAAGGAGGAACUUCCUCUUCUUGGAAAAAUUAAAAUUCCGCGACAUGUUGGCAUCGCGUCCGGUGAUGUUUUAACCGUCGUGGGCUUCGCGGACGCAAGUGAAAGGGCCUACGGAGGAGUUGUGUACUUUCAUGUAAGAGACAGUCAAGGUCUUCGCAAAAACUCAUUUAGUCUGAUAAGCGCUAAAUCUAAAGUGUCACCUCGUAAGGUGGUUUCGCUAGCACGUCUCGAGCUUUGUGCAAUAUUAGUCCUAAGCAACUUAAUUGCUAAUGUAAUUAAUACUUGUAACAAUAGCAUUAAUAUAGAUCGUGUUUUCGCAUUCUCAGACUCGACUGUAGCUCUUUGUUGGGUGCAUUCUUCGCCCCAUCGUUGGGAUACUUUCGUUGCUAAUAGAGUCUCUAAGAUUCAGAAUGAAUUUCCACCGCGAACAUUUUAUCACAUCGCUGGCCAUGAAAACCCCGCUGAUUGUUUAUCUCGUGGCCUUAGUCCCGCACAAAUCAUUGAUCAUCCGCUUUGGUUCUGCGGUCCUCAAUGGAUUCUAUCAGAUCCAAGUUUUUGGCCUGUUACGGAUUUUAAUCCAUCUACUGUGUCUCAGCCUCCAGAAGUAAAGAAGCAUGUAACUCUUUUCACUGCUGAAGACUGUGAAAAGGUUGAGAAAAGUUUUUUAAUUACGCUUGCAAAUCGUUUUUCAUCUUGGUCAAAGCUUUUACGCAUUGUCGUUUAUAUCUGUCGUUUUGUUAAAUUAUUGCCUCGGCGUAGUACUAUAAUCGCAGCGGAUUUAGAUUACGCUGAGAAUUUAAUACUGAGUGACCUUCAACGGUCCCACUUCUUCAACGAAAUCGCUAGCUUACGUACAGGCAAGCGAUGUACCCCUGCUUUUCAGCGUCUCAAGCCAUUCCUUCAGAACAAACUUCUUAGAGUCGGAGGACGGUUGAGUAACGCUGAUAUAAAAUUUGAUAGUAAGCAUCCACUCAUACUUCCUCGGAAAGGUCAUAUUUUGAAUCUUAUAGUGGAUUACUAUCACAAAUUGAAUUGCCAUGCAGGUCCGGAGCUAUUGAUGUCCAUACUGCGUCAAAAAUAUUGGAUUUUGUCCGCUCGAAAUUUAAUUCGAAGCCGGGUUCACAAAUGUUUACCCUGUUUUCGACUCCGCGCUAAACCAAAUUUUCCUGAAAUGGUCGAUCAUCGCUCCUGCCGAGUUACACCAGUCGCUAAACCCUUCGUACAUACUGGCACUGAUUACGCGGGUCCCUUUAAAGUGAGUAGUUCGCGUGGACGCGGAAUUCGCGCGUUCAAGGCAUACGUAUGUCUUUUUGUGUGCUUAACCACCCGCGCUGUUCACAUAGAAGUUGCAGAUAACGGCACUAAUUACGUAGGCGCAAAGCGCACGCUUUCGGAGUUACACGACUUCUUAGUUUCAAAACACUUUAACUCUGAGUUUGGUCACGUAUUAGCUGAAACUCGCAUUGAUUGGUCAUUAAAUACUCCUGCUGCUAGUCAUUUUGGUGGCAAUUGGGAGACCAAUAUUAAAAGCCUUAAAGCUCAUUUAUACCGGGUGAUAGGUGAUCAAAUUCUAACUUUCGAGGAGUUCAGCACUGUAGUUGCACAGAUCGAGGCAGUGAUGAACUCGCGGCCACUGUGUCGCACGCUAUCCAAUGAUCCAUCGGAACCUCUCGCGUUAACACCCGCUCAUUUUUUAAACUUAACACCGCUAAAGUAUCUACCAGCUAGAGAAAUCGAAGAAGAUAGAUUACAUUUGCUUUCGCGUCAUGAGUUAGUUGACAAGCUAGUGCAGUCCUUCUGGAAGCGCUGGAAGUCUGAUUACCUUCAUACAUUGCAAAUGCGGAACAAGUGGAACACGCCAGCUAAGCCAAUUUCUAACGGCGAUGUUGUAAUAGUUAUUGUUGACAAUGCACCGCCGCUACACUGGCCUUUAGGAAUAGUGGAGGAAGUUUCCCUGGUUCAAACGGUGUUACACGUGUGGUCCACGUUCUUACGGCGUCAGGUACCUAUCUACGUCCUGUAG